AUGUGGGGACCCGGAAGUGAGAGGCCGGGGCCCCGCUAGACCUGGGGUGGAUUGGUUUCUAUAUCUCGCCGAGGGUUCCCACUUGGCCCUCAGUAAGGGUCAAGACGCAGGGACUAGUACCAAAGGGGAGCAAAGCAGGGCUCUGCCUGAGGCCCCUAGGACCUCUGUCUCCCAAUGUCGGAGGAAUCCAACACGUGACUGGUGGGAAAGCCCUCACCGAAUAGAAGAACUUUGUAAGCUCAGAAGAUGCCACCCGACCUGCCUUCCCUGCUGCUGCGGCUUAUGGUCCUGCUGCUGCUGACCCAGGCAGAAGCUCGCUCCUUCGUAGUGGAUCGGGAACAUGACAGAUUCCUCCUGGAUGGGGUCCCCUUCCGCUAUGUUUCUGGCAGCCUGCACUACUUUCGAGUACCGCGAGUUCUGUGGGCCGACCGGCUUCUCAAGAUGCAGUUGAGCGGCCUCAACGCUGUGCAGUUUUAUGUGCCUUGGAACUACCAUGAGCCAGAGCCUGGGAUCUAUAACUUUAAUGGCAGCCGGGACCUCAUUGCCUUCCUGAAUGAGGCAGCUAAAGUGAACCUGUUGGUUAUUCUGAGACCAGGACCUUACAUCUGUGCUGAGUGGGAGAUGGGAGGUCUCCCCUCUUGGUUGCUUCGAAACCCUAAUAUUCAUCUGAGAACAUCAGAUCCUGCCUUCCUUGAAGCUGUGGACUCCUGGUUCAAGGUCUUGCUGCCAAAGAUAUAUCCAUUUCUCUACCACAAUGGGGGCAACAUCAUUAGCAUUCAGGUGGAGAACGAAUACGGUAGCUACAAGGCCUGUGACUUCAAGUAUCUGAGACACUUGGCUGGCCUCUUCCGUGCAUUACUAGGAGACAAGAUCUUGCUUUUUACCACAGAUGGGCCUCAAGGACUCAGAUGUGGCUCCCUUCAGGGACUCUAUACCACUGUAGAUUUUGGCCCAGCUGACAAUGUGACCAGAAUAUUUUCCCUGCUUCGGGAGUAUGAACCUCAUGGGCCAUUGGUGAACUCGGAGUACUAUACAGGUUGGCUGGAUUACUGGGGCCAAAAUCACUCCACACGGUCCAGUCCAGCUGUAGCCCAAGGACUAGAAAAAAUGCUCAAGUUGGGAGCCAGUGUGAACAUGUAUAUGUUCCAUGGAGGUACCAACUUUGGAUACUGGAAUGGAGCUGACGAGAAGGGACGCUUCCUUCCAAUUACUACCAGCUACGACUAUGAUGCACCCAUAUCUGAAGCAGGGGACCCUACACCUAAGCUUUUUGCAAUUCGAAAUGUCAUCAGCAAGUUCCAGGAAAUUCCCUUGGGACCUUUACCUCCUCCCAGCCCCAAGAUGAAGCUUGGACCUUUGACUAUGAGCCUGGAUGGGAAUUUGCUGUCUUUCCUAGACUUUCUCUGCCCGCAAGGCCCCAUCUAUUCAGUUUUGCCAUUGACCUUUGAGGCUGUUAAACUGGACCAUGGCUUUAUGUUGUACAGGACCUAUCUGACUUAUCCUGUUUUAGAACCAACACCAUUCUGGGUGCCAAAUAAUGGAAUUCAUGACCGUGCCUAUGUGAUGGUAGACGGGGUAUUGAAGGGCGUUCUGGAGCGGAGUUUGAAACAAGAACUGUAUUUGACUGGGACAGUAGGGACCAGGCUGGAUAUAUUGCUAGAGAAUAUGGGGAGGCUCAGUUUUGGGUCUAACCACAGUGACUUCAAGGGCCUGUUAGAACCUCCACUGCUGGGGCAGAGCAUCCUCACUGAGUGGAUGAUGUUCCCUCUCAAGGUGGAUAAGCUUGUAAAGUGGUGGUUCCCCCUGCAGCUGAUGAAAAGAGCCCUGCCUCAAGCUUCCUCUGUCCCUGCCUUCUAUUCCGCAAAGUUUCCAGUUUUCGGCUUGCUUGGGGACACAUUUCUCUAUCUACCUGGAUGGACCAAGGGUCAAGUGUGGAUCAAUGGGUUUAACUUGGGCCGGUACUGGACAAUGCGGGGUCCACAACAAACCCUAUACGUGCCAAGACUGCUGCUGUUUGGUAGAUCAAUCAACAAAAUCACUUUGCUGGAGCUAGAAAAUGUGCCUCAUAACCCCCAAGUCCAGUUUUUGGAUAAGCCUAUCCUCAAUAGCACUUUGCAUUGGGGGUAUAACUUUCUUCUCUCAGAAACACAAGGUUCCUUUGAACCAAUGGAGUUAAGUGGGCACUGAAAGAAAGAUGACCCUGGAGUCUGAGACACAGGGCAGCAUCCUUUGGUGAUGAUCACAGUGACCAUAAAGAAGGCUACAAUCCCUCUGACUGUAAGUACACACAGUUUUCUUGCCAAACUUUAUUAUGAUUAAAAUUCCAAAG